CCCCAAAAGAAAAACUCUCUAAACAAAAAUAAAAAACCUAUCUUUAUAUAUAUAUUCUCUCUUUGUCUAGCUUUACAACUCCAUCCAUGGCCGAUUACAAUAAAAAUCAACUCACAACAAUAAUGGAGUCAAAAACCCCACACCCACUUCAGCAAAUAGCCGACACACCAACCCACAAGCUUCUCCUGAAACAAUGGCUCAAAGAAGAAGAGUUAAUCCUCAACCGAAUUUCCCUCAAAGAGACUCAAAUCGACUCUGUUCGUAAAGAGAUCACAAUGCUCUACGUCUUCUUCUUCCUCUUCCACUCCAUUUCUCUAAUCCUCCUCUUCGACGCCUCGUCUCGCGGUGGCCCGGCCGGUGUACUGGCUUGUAGGAGAUCAUGGAUCCCUUCACUCUGCUCUCUUCUCUUCUCUCUCGGUCUGAUCUGGGCAGUUCGGUACAAGAGUGAAACAGAGUCUCAUUUGGAGAAAUUGUUGGAGAGAGAGAAAGAGGAUUGUAAGCUUUUGGGUAAGUGUGUUGAGGAGUUGAAGAAGAAGGGUAUUGAGUUUGAUCUGUUGAAAGAGGUUGAUGCUCUUAGAAGGGCUAAGAGUUUGAGAGUUGAAGCUAAAGCUGUUAAGAAAUGGUCUGCUAAGGAUUUUGUUACUCUGUUUUUCUUUUCUGUUUCUUGUUUUGUUUUAGCUAUCACAAGGGUUAUCUUGUGUAAUUAAUUAGAUUAAUAUGAUAUAUUUUAUUGGGGUUAUUGGAUUGGGUUUGAUAAUUUAUAUAGAUUUGGAUUCAUUGGUUUUGUUUUGCAGAAUACUCUGUUCUGCUUUAGUAGACAUGAAUGAAGGGAUAAGAUUACUUUUUUUUUGUUUUGUUUGGAUUAAUUUCUUGUAUCGGUAGGUACUGAAAUCUUAUUGAAGUUAAGUGUUUUUAUUUGAGAGUUUCAAA